AUGGAUAAUCCGUUAUAUCCAACCAUACCUGUUCUACUCGAACGGUCCAAUUUAGAUCAAAAUUGGGGUUUCCGUUUGCAAGGCGGAGCCGAUUUUCGAUUACCACUAUCAAUCAAGAAAAUCUUACCUAACUCUAUUGCACAUAAUAAACUCUAUCCAGGUGAUGGUCUUCUUUUCAUCGAUGGACAAGACGCAACUUCAAUGAAACACGACGAUGCACAAGCCCUAAUGCGAAACUCAUUAAGAUUACAACUAAUUCUUCGACGUGGCCAAUUGAAUACAAUCCGACCAUGUAAAUCGUCCGUGAAAUUCGCACCUGGACCAAAUCCACGUGUCAACUCAGCAUUGUACAAUACACCAACACCAAACAAUUAUCGUCGUUUUUAA